AUGGGCGAGUUGGAGUUACGGAAUUCCAAUUGUGUACUACUAGUAGAAAAUUCUUGGAAAGUGGAAUGGAAUGGAAAGUACACUGUACUUCUAGUAGAUGAUAUCCUAUGUAUGAGAUGGAGAUGAUAUCCUAUAACACAUGCGCAAGAAGCAUAACACUUGUUUGUGGAGUCUUGUCACAUCGAUUCAUCCUGCCGGUAGGUGCAACAAACCUAUUUAGAAUGCACAGAAUAGAAAGAAGCAAAGGCAUAGAAGGUUUGAAGAUGUUGAGGCAAAGGCAUGAAGGAUUUGAAGAAGAAAAGUUAAACUCAAUAUUUAGUCAUAAACUGCUUCAAGAAGAUAAAUCAUAGAUACGCCUACAGCAUGGACUCGCUCGUGGUAUAAUUGGUAAGUCAAUUUUUAUGGGGUCCUCAUCUGUUUACCUGUACUAGGUACUAUGUACUCGGGACACAGGCAUACGUACUAGGGAGGGAUACAAACACGACACGUGCAUACCUGUUUACCUGUAGCGGAAGCCUCUCCUAAUGAAGGGUAGGAUGUUCCAGGUUUGGCUGCCAGAGGACGUCACCUCUACCUUAGACACCUAUACGGAGGAAGAAGCGUUGGACGACCUGAAUGAACAGCUGCACGAAAAUGACUGGUUCACUUAUGGCAGUCUGCACUGAACUUUGUGGGGCAGUAGCGUAGUUGUUAAGGAGAUUAAGAACUCCCCCCUACGCCGGUAGCUACGCGGAAAAUAUGUAGGCAGGUUUUGACUUAUCGGAACUCGCUUGCAAAAUACGCAGGUAGGUUUUGACUUAUCGGAACUCGCUCACGAUACAAAAAAAAAAAAAGCGAGAUUAAUUGUAUUGUAUUGUAUUGUAUUGUAUUGUAUUGUAUUGUAUCUCACUCACUCCUGAGCACUUAAGUACUCAAACGUACUUAAAGGAAGCACUUUCUUACGCAUUACUAAUCGCUUGUGGAUCAAACGUAAACAAGAAGAACGUAGUCUUUGCUCAUGUUCCUGCAUUGCUCUCUUUGCUUCAAAGUUUAUUAGUCCUCAAUGUAGGAGUUAGACUAGACACCAUAGUCACUAUGUACCACUCGUGUAGUAGAGAAUGAAGAUACCAUAGUCACUAUGUACCACUAGUGUAGUAGAGGGUGAAGACACCAUAGUCACUAUGUGCCACUAGUGUAGUAAAGGGUGAAGACACCAACCAUAGUCACUAUCAUGUGCCACUAGUGUAGUAAAGUAAGGGUGAACAAGGUAGUUUGUUUAAGUAGCCCUGUGCAGGAGGUGGGAAAGACAACAUGAGGAAGUACAAGUAGAAGUAGAUCGAUGAAGGCAGUUCUAAUCGUGUUUUCUUACGACCCCGUUUGGCGAGACUGACCUGAGCAAUCCCACCACAAAUAACAGCAUGUUGUACUAUACAUCGACGGCAUUGAGUGUGUUGGAUGUCCUUGCGACGCUGGUUCUUCUAGUGGACUUUGCACUUUUACGGAGAAGAAUGUUUAUACGAAGGAUAGGUCUUCUUACGACCGACUGAAGCUCCCUGUUAAACGUCCCCCUUAAAUCCUGAAUGAUCCCGUCGUUGAUCCUAUUCUUGUUUCCCCUCUUGCUUCAUCGUGCUGUUGUUCCCUCAGCGUGCUGUUGUUGCCUCAGCAGGCGUCUGUACUCGAAAACUAAAAAUUUAACUGAGUCGCUGACUGAAAUACGGGAGGUAGCCUACCGUCAAGGCUAGUCUUCCUUGUUCAGUAUCUCGCUUACUUCUUUUAAGUAGGUACUCAAAGUUUUAAAAUAUUCUUCCUCCUGCAAACGGCUGCUCCUCCUUCAUACUCUUGUGCCCUGUCUGCUGGAUUUUUGUGGUACUGCAGGACUACGGCUGGGGUGGGGCACUUACUGGGCCUUAUUGGCAUGCUGAUGAGCACGUGGAUCCACGUAGCUGAAGACGUCAGUUGGUAUUUCGACCCGUUAACUGCCAAAGUUGGUCUUGCCCGAAAUUUUGAUCCGUAUGAACUCUACGUGCCAGCUGCACAUAGCACGAUCCCCGAAGGCGAAGAAGCGAGCGAUGAAAAUUUAAGGUCGUGACAUUUUUCAGAAGCGUUGUUGUUUCACCAUUUUGUAUUUAUCCCUAGGAAGAGACCGAACAGGGUUGCUAUUAGCACAGAGACGCCGCCAUGAAGAUGAUGGAGUCCUUCGACCUUUAUAGGUGUAGUUUUGAUAUUUAGACUAUAGUAUACACGAACACGACAUGGAAUCUAUCUCAGUUAUUUUUACAAGAACAUGCAAUACAUCAGUUGUCCUCCUAUAGGAAUAGCAGUAGGUUGUUACCGGAAUAAUGAUAAUCUGUUCUCUCCAUCAAUUUAACUCUCUAAAAAAUCCGGAGCUCCGUAAGUGGAUGAUUACUCGGGUCAGCUGGUGCCUUGCUUUGCGAAUGCUGUCUGUGUGCCUUCUAGUUAAGGUUGCAAUUUCUCAGAAAUCUUAAACGAGACUAGUUUGAUUCUUAGACUAGGUCUUGAGACUAGGUGGACAUCUACUAGGUGGACUUCUCGUUCUCUCAUAAAAGUGAGGGCCUUUGCUCUUCUCAGAAAAUGCGCUUCUCAAGUCACAAGAUGAAGAACCACAAUAAAGCUAGCCCCACUACUGCUACCGCCUCAAUAUUACCGCUCUAAUUUUGACCGAUACACUCCGGCAUUGCGAAUUAUCAUUCGGAUCUUCCGGAAAUACUACAUCGAACUGCUGCAGACGUUCUAUGGUUUCCUCUCCAUCCUCGUCAUUUACACGUGGCUCAUGCACUGCUGCGAAUACGACUCCGCAGAGUUAGCUACCGACGUGGAAGAUGACGGCACGAAGCGAUCGAGGUAAUUAGUACAUUUAUUUACAGAUACAACAGGCUAUCUUAGUAGUAAUUAGUACAUUUUACAGGCUAUCUUAGUGGUACGACCCCCCGUAGGACAGGGUUUGAGGUGAUGUAGAGGGUAGGUUCAAGGUGCUUUUGUUACCGCUUGAUGUUAUGGCUCUCCUAAGGGGGAGAGGCAUAACAAACGCGAUAAACGAGCACCAAAAGUCUGACAUUUUGCGCAACUUGUAUGUCACUACAAAAGAUGGCUCCUCCCGGCUGCUGCAGCGUUUGUGGAUGAAUAGAGGAGUGAUCUCAAAAAUCCUUACACAUUUAUAGGCUAUCUUAGUGGUACGAGUAAAACAGGGUUUGACUUUGAGGUAAAAUGUAGAGUAGUAGGGCUAAAGAAAUUUUUCGCCUCCUGUAGGUACACGACCUAUGUCGGGAGUUUGCAGUUCAUGACGAUCCACGCAACUGGAGACUAUCCUUUGGUCGAGUAUUCUAGUCUUGCAAGAAUCUUGCAUUUCUCCCUGAUGAUCUUGAUGACCGGCUUCCUGUUAAGGUUGUUUUCAAUAAAAAGGGUUCCUCCACUAUCAUCCUUGACCUCUACUUUCCUAGUAGGGAAAAGGCCAAGGAUGUUCCGAGGAAUGUAAUUCUGCAACCUCUAACCCUGGGUGCACCUACCGGCCUCUUUGCCGCAGUGAUCAUGCACGAGAUGAAGCAUGCGCGGAGGAUCAUGCUACGUUGAGCUUGUCACUUCUAGAUAAGCGUUUUUUUGAGUUAGUUUCGUUCAGGGAAGAUGGAGUACUCUACACUACAAAAUCAUAGUUCGAUGAUGGUCUACUAGAAAGUAGGAUCAUGUGAGAGAUUUUUUUUUGAUAAACUAACUGAAUGCAAUUAUAUGGCGAAGUCUAAUCAUACGAAUCAACGAUUAUACAGCAGCUGCACGGCUCAUCCAGAAUGCUUGGCGUAGAAGUCGAAUGUACAAAGAGCUCAACGAGCUGCGAUCGGCCGUACGGAUUAAGGCCCCAAGCCAGUCCUUGAUUACUGUUGGAUUCAUGUUGGCUAUUCUUCUUCUGUUGAUUUGAAAGUAGGGAUGCAGUUAGAGUGGUUUUGAUCAGAUUGCUCUUCUUUUCAAGGUUGUCAAGUUACUUCUCUCCUGUUUGGAACUGAAAAGCCAAUUUAUAUUAUGUGUUAGCUCUAAACACUGCGGCGCAUACUAUGAGAGAUAUCAGGACCAAGCAGCAAGGGAAGAGCGCGGAGACUUCACGGAAGCCCCAGCGAUGCAGCCAGCUUAUGAUUGUGAUAUAUCUUCACAGAGGCACAGAGUGCUGAGAAACUUGUGGUUUUCAACGUCUUCAAUCAAUGUAUAUCCUCUUUGUUGAGCAACUAGGACUCUUUCGGAACUGAUUUUUAGGAUCAGUGAUUUCUCUCCUCCAUCACAGUAUCGAGAGGGUUUUGUCAGUGUUGUGGUUUUCAGAAACUUGUGGCUUUCACGUGAUACACUUGAUAUCCUCUUCGUUGUAUCCUGCGUUCGCACAGAUCCUUCCUCUAAAAUUGCGAAGAGUAUGGCGAUGAGGAUCGUGGCGAUGAGGAAGGUCAGGAGGGCGAAGACUACGGGGAAGGGGAGCAUUACGCACCACCACCUGGAGAGCAGCCGAAGGAACCGUCUUCGUCUAGAAGUGGCGGUGGGCAACAAGUGGGAGGGAAAGGAGAAAAGAAAGAAUCGUGGUCUAAAGGGGAAACAAACAGUCGUCUUCAUCAAGGAGCGUCAUCGUCCAAAGCAGGAGCACCUUCGUCAAGGGAGCAGCUGAGUCAGUCCCUACAAUUAAGGCUUGGGAGUUGACCUAUCAUCUAAGAGCGCGUCUCUAUGUCUUCUUCAAGUAGGAAAGCCACAGAUAUGCGAGCUAGAGACGCCAACUUUCACCCCCUAAUACAACAGGCGUCGCUACUGCAACAGGCCAGCCAGCAACAGGCAGGAACCAUCUCGAGAGUGACCUGGUCGCCCGCCUCUUCUAGGAACGACGACGACGUGAUUUCGUUGAACAGUUACCUGCGUGAGGCUGAACAACAAGAGGCAGAGCAAACAAGGCGCGCAGCAGCUGCCGCCGAACGAGCCGCGGCCGCGUCAACGACGCAACCCAGUACUGAAGAAGUUUUUGAUCGAGUAGUAGCGCAGCUAGGAGAUCCUCCAUCCAGUUCUACCAGUACGUCGGAGGAGACCAGUAGUGCCUCUUUUGUGAAGAGGAAGGAACACCAAGCAGCGACUUGGACAGGCAUAGCGUCCUCAGGAGCCACGUUGAGGACCAGGCAGAAUAGGUUUAUCACGCAAUCGACAAUAGCUCCCGGGCUUGCCGCGGACAGAGUUGCGACUGGAGGCACCGGCAGAACGAAAACUCGAGUUAAGCACAAGCGUGGAGGUGGAGGUUCUUCGGCUCGCAACGUCCGCAAUUUCCUAGCUGCAGCUCGUCAGAGGUUCGUUAGUGCUCACUCUCCUCUUGAACCUGCGACGUUGAGGCUGAUUAAGGCUUGCCCUAAUUCAUCUUGAGAAGCACCUUGGAAGAGUUUAUGCAAGGGAAAUUGACCAAGCACCACGAGGAUGCUUUCUCCAGCAUGAAUUUGGGUAAGGUCUAAGCUAAGCAGUGGAACAUCAAAAAAGUUCGGAUUCUCCGGUAGGCGGACAACACGAAAACAAAUACAGAAGCUCGCUGUGUCGCGACCGCUGCUCCCACGUGCUGUUGGAUCGCUCGCGAGGAGGUUGCCGGGAUUUCACUUUUACAAUGACAACACAGACGACGACUACAGUGGUGGCGAUUAUAACGACGCAGACUACUACAAUGACAGUUAAGGGUAUUCGAUCACUAUCCCAUGUGAACUGUAUGCUGAGUGGAGUCCUCCUUGAUUUAAAGGGGAACCCACUCGACUCGGGAUAGUAAAAGACCACCUUUAAGACAGCAGUUGGCAACCAGGACCACGCACUUCUGUAGCCCGUGCCCUGCGAACAAGUGGUGCCUACUCCCGAGCUCAAAAUCCGGGUCAGAAUUUUAUGGACGAGGUUGUAAGUACUUUUUUUAGAUAUCGAAGUCAGUGAAUGAAAGUAGUACUGGACAAAUUCCAUUUCUAAUUCUUGAUGAACCUACGACACUCAGCGAUGCGUCUAGAGAAACGUAGUAACUCUUGCAUACUUAUUAACAUGUAAAAGAUACUAGACCCUUUUUGCUUUCUUGGUUCAAUUCCUUCCUUGCAAGUGCACGUGCACGUGCAACACAUAGAUACUUCAGUGCAACACAGACUAACUUCUGGUGUUUCAGUACAGAAGAUUCUCCUUUUCCUUCUCUCUCGUCUAAUACCUUCUUUCUGUCGAUGGUGGGUGAUCAACCAAGAUACGUGUCCAAGAUGGGCUACUGGUUCCAAAUGCUCAUGUUGGCACUGCACUUAGGGCUUUCCCUAAUGGUCCAUCUUCAGAUAGUGCAUCUUGAAGCUGCAUUAGUCACAUUGUGAUCUCAAAACAAGCACAGCUUAGCUCGAAUAAGGACAAGUACACUGUCAACAUAAGGAGAGAAAGGAAAAUGUCACCAGUCCAUUAGCAUAACAGGAGAAAGGAGCAGCAAAGAUGCUUCUGUAGAUGAUGGAUUGUUCUCUGCAGAUGUCUAAUGCACACUUAUACCUCCAUCGACGGUCUCUUCCUCAGUUGCGACAUGAGUCUGUACAUCCUAGCAGGCGUCAGCGAGGACCCUGGCAAGCUGAAAAGAACGAAAGAAGUUACGGAGAUGAUCAUGGAGAUUUGAUAGAGAUUUAACAAGUACUUCUACUUACGUAAGAAACGAGAAUGUAAUAGGUUAAAGGUGCUUUUCUCACCGCUUUUUAUGCCUCUCCCAGUCCUAAGGGAGAAAGGCAUAACAAGCGGGGCACGCGAGCACCAAAAGCCUACCUCUAAUUCUACUCACGUAAGAAAUGAGAAUUGAGGAGGCUUUUUGUUGACUUCAUCACAAUCUUUCUACCAUAGUGACACCGGGUGAAAGAUAGAGCGACACGGUCGUGUUGUAAGUAGACUUUUCACUUGUGAUGUCCUGAGUCCUCUGUCUAAUGCAAGUGGGGAUGAUGAAGAUGGAGACAGCAAGAAGCCUAGGGGUAGGAUGGGGCCGCCGAAAAAAGACAACGAUGACGGCGACGAGAAGGAAUCAGCGAAGAAUGCAGCGAAGAAAGAGGACGACAAAAAGUCGGCUUUUAGUAGCUCGUUCCUUGUGGGUGCCGAAAUCACUGUAGACGGGGAAAUUGUUCCGACACAAGCUCAACAUAUGAAGGGGCUCACAAUAAUUUAUUUUGAACAUCAUGGGUAUCAAUCUUUCCUCUGAGUAGAAGUACGAUGUUGGAUUUUUUUUGUAGAAAUUAUUUUGUCAUCCGUUCUAGAGAAGAAACAUACUAUAUAUUGGGGAUGCUAAUCAGUGAAUGAAUCUUCUGAUUUCUUCUUGUUGAGACUUUGAAAAUACUUAAAAUGAACUUAUAGAUACGGAAUGAGUUUUUACUUUUAGAGCUCUAAUCACGGGAGUCAGCAGCCGUCGUUCCUUGCGGCGGCAGGAUCUACUGGAGUUGAGGCGGCAGCAGCAACACUUGGCGGGUCUUCCUUCACCUCCAUGCCAGAGGACGAUGAAGAACAAGAAGACGCGAAGUUGUCGUUAUGGAGUAGAGUAACGAGACAUUUUAACAAUAUUAAGAAGUGCGGAAAACUCUAGUCUCGGACCAUAAUAAAUUUUGUGGAGUAGGAAAAGUAGAGUCUAACAUCUCCCCAAGUGCCACUACCAGAGGUGGAGGCGGCAGCUGCUCGGUCUCUCCUAAUCGAGUACCUUUUCCACGUCAUCUACCUCGUCGAGUACCUCUUUUACCUGUUAUGAAUAAGAAGCAAUCUCUGUCUGUUCUUCCUCUCCUGAACACCUUCCACAACAAGCUCAGGAGCAACAGCUCUUGGUACACAACUCUUAUUCAUACGUCUUUGACUUUGAGACCAAUAAUUCUAUUUUAUUGAAUGCACUGAAAAAUUAGAGUUACCGUCUUCGGCUGGUGCUGCAGCUGCUGCUAGAAUUCAGUAGCUUUCCGUUCUCUCUGGAUACUACAUUGAUUCGUGUGGAGUUGUUGUCUCUCUAUCCCCUAAUCUGAUUAAGUAUUUCUCUCUAGUACUACUAGCCAGAGUAGUUUAUAGCACGCAUGGUGCAUGGAGUAGCAUGGAGUGCAUGGAGCGCAGAGCUUUAAGGGGCGCAAGAAGCUUCCCCUUUAGCUCCAUGCUACUCCAUGUGAUCCAUGCACUCCAUGCCAUGCGAACCUGAAUAAUAUUCUACUUUUGCCAAUACUUGACGCGCUUCUAAUCAACUUGGCUGCUUCGGGGAACCCGUCUGUGAAUUUCAGUAUUAGAACUGAGUUUUCCCGCCUCGCGAGGGUCACGGAUUUCUGUCUGAUGAUCCUCUUCUGGAUCUAUGGGACUGGUGGCUUUGCCACUCGAUCAAACUUUCCGCUCGUCGCCGAUCCCUUUGCAUCUGGAGCUUAUUUAUGCACUGGAAGUAGUUCUCCCAAAUAUGCACUGGAAGUAGUUCUCCCAAAUGAUAUGAUUCAAAGUAGUUCUCCCAAUAAAAAUAAAUCUACAGAUUUAUUUCUCAGUUCUCAGGCAUAUCAAUUAGAUUUAUUUCUCUCUACCUUUAUUUCUCAGGCAUCCAAAUGAUCUACCUUUAUUUCUCAGGGGGCAUAUCAAUCAAUCAAUCAAUCAAUCAGUCAACUAUAUGCGGCCGUCUAACGAGCGGCGGUGCUGGAUAACGGAGGAACAAAUCAAUCAGUCAAUCAGUCAAUCAAUCAAUCCAUCAGUUGUAAUCGAUGUAUGUAAAUGUGUCUUUGAUUUUAUGCGCUCCCAGUAUGUAACCUGGAUGAGCUUAUAUAGGUUGACUAAUUGAUUGAAAGGGCGGCGGCAUAUAGUCCUAACGCAAAAAAAAAAAAAACUACGGGUGUUAGGAAUGACACUAACAGGGGCAUACACAUGACAUAGCUUGUUCUCUUCAUCCUCCUUUAUUUCCUCCUUUAUGACCAUAACGCACCUUCACUGCUAGGAGAAUGCUAGCCCAGGUCCUGCUUUUGUCUAGUCCAGGGUUCAGCCCUCAUGAUAUCCUAGGUGUAUCCCUACAGGCAAUUCUAUCUUCGUCUAUCCUCUUCUAUCCUCUUCUAUCCUACCCUAAUAUGCUAUCCUAUUCUAUCCUCUUCUAUCCUAUUCUAUCCUAUUCUAUCCUCUUCUAUCCUACCCUAAUAUGCUAUCCUAUUCUAUCCUCUUCUAUCCUAUUCUAUCCUAGUCUAUCCUAUUCUAUCCUCUUCUAUCCUAUUCUAUCCUAUUCUAUCCUAUUCUAUCCUCUUCUAUCCUACCCUAAUAUGCUAUCCUAUUCUAUCCUCUUCUGUCCUACCCUACUCUAUCCUCUUCUGUCCUACCCUAUUCUUUCCUCUUCUAUCCUACCCGUCACCCAGAUCCUCCUCUAAUUUCUCGACGGCGAGUGGAGGGUCCUGCGCAUGGUAUAGUGAUGCAGCCACUGUAUCAUGUCGUACUCGCCCUGAACAUCAUCCACGUGGUCAACGCGGCUUAUUUCCGAGGAAUCGAGCGCUUCAUGCGAGGCAACGAAACAUUCUACUUGCUGCUGGCAUUAUGUUCAUUUACAGUAGUUGUACUUGUACUUCGAUAGUUUGUUGAUUUACAGUAGUUGUACUUGUACUUCGAUAGUUGUACUUCCUAAGUAGAGGUACUAGUUGUUCUUUCUAGACGAGGUACUAGAAGAGAGAAUUAUUUUGUCAGCUUGUAAUAUGAUAAGACCAAUCUUCUUCUGCGUAGUUGUACUUGUACUUCCUCGAGGUUAGUUGUACUUCCUAAGUAGAGGUACUGACUGUAGAAGAAAUUAUCAAGGAUUCAAUCUGUAAAAAAAUUGUCGUUUGUUGUACUCUCUUCUAGUCCUGGAGGUAAAUGAUCAUCUUCGAAAAAACACACUCAAAAAUUUGCUGUGGUAUAGUUAGGGCUGUACUACUGGAAUAGACCACCAAAGAGCCUGUAGAAGUAGGUUUAGCUUUUGUUGAUUUUGGUCCAGAACCUAACCUAUAACCUAUAACUACCUAGCCUUACCUUGAUUUUGCUUCUAAGUUAGGGUGGCGGUCUCCUUACGCUGUUUACGAUGUGCGUCUUAGGUGGUUGCUGGUGGCUAGCGGAGCGCGCCAUAGCUGGUCAAUUCGAUAGCAUUCCGACGAGCAUGAUGUACUUACGGCUCUCUGAAGAUAUUUUGACUUCAAGUACAAGAACUAUACUAGGGUUAGUAGUGAUGAAACUAUAGGGUUUAGUAGUAUCGCCUUAACCUAUGCAAGGGAUAGGGAAGAUCUCCAUGAGAAACAUCAUUUUUCUCUUUUUUUUCAUACAAUCAUGUCAACGAGGUUAUUCUCCAAAAAUACAAGGAAGUCACCUUGUACUCCCCAAAGGAGUCCUCUUGCGCAGACCUUGCUCUGUCGAGGAAGAUUAAAUAGCUGUGGUCGUCGUGUUGCACCUUCAUUCUGUAGUGUGGUCGUCGUGUUGCACCUUCAUUCUGUAGUUGUCAGGAGGUUAAUAUAUCGAGGGAACGUUCUCUAUCUCGCGCAAACCUUCCUAGUACUAUAUCUAUGUAUUCUAGCAGUAGGUUAUUCUCCAAAAUGAUACGGAAAUCCUCAUCGUGACUUUCUAAUGUGCGUUACUUUCUUUCUUCUGGGAGAAUGGGUGACUCCAGAUUUCGAAUUUUGGUACGGAAUCAUGUUGUGCUACUUCCAGUGUCUCGUCGGCCUCAUCUUUUCCGGAAUCCUGUUAAGAAUGGUGGAUAUAAUCGAUCUUUAUUUGAUACCAGAUUCGACUUGAGUACACAGGUCACCCAUCAACCUCUGAGUCGAGGAGGUGCCGGGGGUGCUCGAUGUGCAGGAUUCACAACUUAAAACCUAUCCUAAACCAAGCAAAAGUCCCACCUACUGUUGCUUGACAGGAGAAAGAUUACCAUCACCAGUGAGGUAGUGGCUGUGGCAUAUAUUUCACAAGGACGUAUUAUAUAUAAGUAAUUGCAGGCUUCUUGUGAUGGCAGUAUCUGAAACUGCAAUUACGUUGAGUACCGAUGAUAUUUAAUUUUGAAGCAAGAUCAGCAGUGAACAGUGACAGGAGACUGUCACUAGUUCUCUUUCGUGUACUUAUUUACUAAGUCUUUACAUUCAACUUCUCGCCACCGAAGUUGAAGUGCUACAGUCCUCUAAUGUGAAUUGGAGCGAUAAGCGACCUUUUGCAGGAAGUGCUGGAGCACUACGUGAAGUACCGGGAUGCACUCGAUUGGUCGCAUACUAGGCAAUCUUACCUAGACCGAGAAAAAAUGGGACAACACGAGGAGAUGGAAUCGAAAUUCAGCGUAAGGCAGUCAUACGUCCGAGAUCUCCGGAACGCUGUGCAGUUAAGGCUCCCCCUAAUCCAUCUUUUCCAUAGGGACGAUCCCUCAAGGACAGUAUGCACCCAAAUGCAAUAUGGAUUGGUGCUGGUGACGCAUAUACUUGACGGAUGUCUGUAGAGAUGGACUAGGGGAGAGGUCUAAUACAGGACGACGACGGGGAAGAUGGUGGUGAGGCACAAAUCGAGGGCUAUAUUUAGGGACUAUAUCUUAUCUAGUUGUUGACGGUGAGACACUGACACAAAAAAUGCCCAAAGGUGAAGAUUUUAAUGCGUGAUUUACAUUUGAUUUGAGUUUAAGGUAGGAUGGUUCAGUUUCGACGAAACAAGGAUAUUCAACAAACGAUUUGAGUAUCGAUGACAGAUCCUAGAUCUUUUUAGCGAUACUAGAGGUUCAGUAGAGAAGGAGCAUCUAUUCAGAAGCACCGAUGGCAAUAAGAGACGACAUGAACUUUGGACUUACAGCUGCCUUUGUCCUGCAGCUGCAAGAGGAUUUACUUAGAUCAACUACUUUUUUUACUGUGUCGUGAUUGAAAGAACUACGCACUUCCAAAUUACGCGUCGGCACUUCCUAUGUAGCAUUAUAAGUAAGACGUUCUAGAUAAAAACUCAUAACGAUAGAAGCUAACGCAGUGUACUAUGACUCUCGAGUUUACAGAAUUACUAGGCUCUGAAUUUUCUUCACUUACACGAUUGACGCGCAAAUUCAGCAACUGGAUAGUAAGAGUGAAAUGCGAGACCCUUCCAAGAAUAGCAGUAAAGGCUUCGAACAAGAACAUAAUAGGUUUAGUCAGAAGAUACAUGAUCGGUGAAUUCGAACCACUGCUAGAUGAAAAAUAGAGUCAGGUAGUAUUUUCAGAGUGAGUAUGUAAGAAAUGUAUUUGCUGCCUCGUGGUCUCGCAGGCAAAAGAGAGACCAACUAAUAUCUGUACAGCGCUGUAAUGUUGUUGCAUAGGUGAAGGGAGUGACAAGUGGACGCCUCAUGCACCAGAAAUAGCGGUGAGUCGUCUUCUGAUGAACUAAGACUUACUACUAACUAUUCGAUGAACAUCAACCUCCUUUUCCUGGAUGACAACGACCACUCAUAAAAUGAGAACUAAUUAUAGAUGGAAUUAUUCACUAAAAAUUUCAAACCCUCAACUUCAUCUGUGACGGCACUCACGGCAUCAUCAAUCAUGAUUCAAUGUUUUUCGUCUGUGUUUCUUUUGCAUCUUGUUAUCUUAUUGCGCAUGCACGUGGUGGCUAUUUCGAUGUCAAACUCAUAGAUCGCAAUCAACGCUAACUGUACCAUGGAUAGAGUAAGCAGGAUAGACGUUUAGGAUAGAGUAAGCAGGAUACCAUGGAUAGAGUAACUCUAUCCAUGGUCACGCACAAGCUCCCAUACCAUGGAUAGAGCACCAUGGAUAGAGUAAGCAGGAUCAUUCAACGCUAACUGUGCCAUGGAUGGAAGUCUCUCGCUAGCUGUACCAUGGAUAGAGUAAGCAGGAUAUUUUUAUGUCGCACGAAGACUCACUUCAGCAAUACUAUGGUUUCAAAUUUCCUUCUUUAGAUACAGAGAAAGAAAUGAACUAGUGCAUCGUACUAAUCUUCCCAUGAUGAAGAAUGCGGGGACUCUCGGUCAGAUGUGCCUCGUACUUCUGUGGAGUCAG